UUGCAAGAUAUGCCGCUAGAGUACCCCUUUGCGCGCAUGGUCGUAAAAGUAUACAAGACCUAUUGUAUACGACACUACGUUGAAAGCUUACACAAACAUACUUUUCACAUAGAUACGAAUGUUGCGCACAGUGGCCCAGACUGACAGCUGGAAGAACGUGAAACAGGAGUGGCAGAUCAUGGGCACUUAGUCAUAGACUGAAACUUGAUAAUUCACGAGCAGACGCGCUACUAAGAAUACAUUAGAAGAGUUGACAGGAUAGGCAGAAGAAAGCAGAGCAGUGGGGGAGGGGGUGGGAGAACAAGAGGCGGUAUGACACGACCUCCCAAUAAUGACAACCUUAUGACCUUCAAAUUGGUCGUGGUUGGAGAUGGAGGUGUUGGAAAAAGUGCACUCACUAUACAAUUCUUUCAAAAAUUAUUUGUUACUGACUAUGAUCCUACCAUUGAGGAUAGUUAUAUUCAACAUACAGAGGUAGAUAAACAAUGGUGCAUCUUAGAUGUGUUAGAUACAGCUGGUCAAGAAGAAUUCAGUGCCAUGCGUGAACAAUAUAUGCGCAAGGGUGAUGGGUUUCUAUUAGUAUACUCUGUGACUGAUAAACAAUCUUAUGAAAAUAUCAUGAAUUUUUAUACCCAAAUACUUAGGGUAAAAGAUAGAGAUGUAUAUCCUAUGCUUCUGGUAGCCAAUAAAGUUGAUUUGGUACAUUUGAGAAAAGUUACAGAGGAACAGGGAAGGGAGUUGGCUCACCGGUUGGGUAUACCUUAUAUUGAAACUUCUGCCAAAGACCCGCCAUUAAAUGUAGAUGCUGCAUUCCAUGAGGUCGUUCGUAUUAUCAGAAAUCAACCUCCAGCCGAGUUGGAAAAAAAUCGGAGGAAACGAAGACGUUCGGGAAAAUGUAAUCUUUUAUAAAGCUUGAAAACGUUGAAAUGAAUUGGGUAAUGAUUAUACAUUACCUUUCAUCACUUCUUUCAUAAAAAGUGAAACGCACCUGCCAAAAAACAAAAAAAAAAAAA